AGACAAAAGUUGACCACUGUCUGCCCUGCGAGGAGCGAAGAAUGUAUGGUACACGGCGAAAAAGUGUCGGAUCAGCAGCUUGACUGAAAGGUUCCGGCUGACAGUGAACGGCGCUGCUAUCGGGCUAUUCCUGCUAUACGCUAACGCAAAGAUGGCGGAAGACGAGAAGAGCGGUGAGCCAGUGAAAGACAAAAACGAACUGCAAAUUUUCAAGGAGCUUGUGGAUGAACUGUAUAAUUUCAGAGAUUGCUAUUUUGAGACUCACAGUGUGGAGGAAGCAGGAAGGAAACAAAGUGAUGUUGCACAGGAAACAGAGAAGACACUAAAGAAGCUGGAGGAGAAAGAAGAUCGCUAUAAGCACAAAGCAGAGUUUCUGCUGCAGAAAGGCAGGUGUCUGAACGUGGUUCCAGACUUCAGUGCUGUCGCGGAAGAGUGCCUUUCCCGGGCUGUGAAGCUUGAGCCUGGCCUGGUCGAGGGCUGGAACACACUGGGGGAGCAGUACUGGAAAAAAGGAGACCUGAUUGGUGCCAAGAACUGCUUCACUGGAGCCUUGCAGCAGAGUAAGAACAAAGUGUCUCUGCGUAACCUGUCCAUGGUGCUGAGGCAGCUGCCAGUGUCAGACAAUGACGCACAUGGCAAACAGGUGCUGGAGAGUGUGGACAUGGCCCGACAAGCUGUCCAGCUGGAUGUCACAGACGGGACGUCCUGGUAUAUCCUGGGAAAUGCCUAUGUGUCCCUGUUUUUCACCUGCGGACAGAAUCCACAGUUGUCUCAACAAGCUCUAAGUGCCUAUGCACAAUCUGAGAAAGUGGACAGAGCUGCCUCCUGUUACCCGGAGCUGCAUUUCAACCGAGCCACUCUGUUCCAGUAUGAGGAGAUGUUUGGGUCUGCGCUCGGCGGCUACAGCCGAGCGGCGGCGCUCGACCCCGGCUGGGCGGAGCCUCCGGAGAGAGAGAGGCAGCUGCUGGAGUAUCUGGAGAAAGUCACAGAACUCCUACAGAACAAGGGGAAGGUGAAGGCACGUCGGUUACGGACCAUGCUCUCUAACCUCAACACAUCGGCUUUGGGUCCCUGCUCCUCCCCUCAGUUUCGUUCUCCCACAGGCCGUGUGGGCAGCCUGGAGCCUCGAACUCUGUCCUCCCUCUCACAUGGCCACAACACCGGGAUGGCCGCAUUGGGCAAAGUGGUGUUCAGCCUGGCCUCUGAGGGUCGCAUGGCCUUUACAUUCGGCAUGGUGGACAGCGAGGAGACGUGUAUAGUGGUGAUGGUAUACAACACAGCGGACAGCUGGGGUGUCCUGAUAGGAGACACUGUAGUCAUUCCUGAACCUCAGGUCAAACGACACAGUAUAACACAUAAAGAUAAGUCAUUUGACUUCAGAAGUAUACGAGUGGACUCUCCUCUGCUGCUCAUCGUCAACGGCAAGAAACAAAACAUCCAGAGUCAGAUUGCUGCCUCUGUCAGCUACAAGCCCCAGAGUGAAUGACCCGGGCGAGAAGCGAGAGGACCAACUUUUUUGCUGGAUAUGGAAGAACAGUUUGGAUAAUUAUGGAAGUUUGAAGAUUCCAAAGUUUGUGCCUGUUUUAUGUGUUGUUUUGUAUAUAGAGGCCAUUGUGUUACAUUGUCUUUAGAGAGACAGUUUGUUUAUAUUUAUAAAUAUUUCUCUUUUUUUUUUGGUAUUCUGUUGUUGUGGGGACAACAUGAAGUUGUUUUUGCAAAUGAAUGAACCUGUGAUGAUGAAAAUGUGAUGUCAGAAUUUUGACUUUAGUUUAUCCUAAAAAAAUCCUUUUGCCUCUAACAUUUUGUUCUUCAUUCUUUGGGUCUAGGUCAGCCAGUUAACCAACCACUUAAGUCGUUCGCUACGUAGGAACAAACUUCACAUUACACACACACACACCUAACUUUAGUCAUGCGAUGACACAAAUGCACUCUACAAUUGAAGGAAAUGUGAUAUUUUUUCAUGCAGACCUGAUGUGGCAAUUACACCACCAACCUUUCAGUGCCAUUGUGUGGGAUCUAUUUUUGAACUAUAUGAUAUCAGUCCUAUCAAAAUUUAUAUGGAGCAUUCUGAAAUGUUUUGGCCCAAAACAAGCAAUCCCUUUUCUUUUUCUUCAGUUAGGGUGAGACUUACCCUACUCCCCCUAAUCUUGUUACACUUUUCAGAUAUUAAUCACAUAUCAAAAUAAUGAAGAAAAACAACAACAAAGGGCUUAAUUCUAUGGUGAUGUCCUCCUGAAUGUGUCAUUUCUUAAAAUAUGUCAGUUUUUGACAAAGAAUGGGUCAAGUUUAAACAUUUUUGUCAAUUUGGCAAAAUCUACAUAAUGAAGUAGACUAAGGCAGGCAGUGCUCUGUGAAGAGACAGUGAUUGUGUUGUAUUUUACUUACUUUUACUGGACUUGCGGCACAAAUGUACAAAACAAGACUAAAAGGUCAUAGUUGCAUUCAACAACACUUUUAGUCCAAUAUUUGUUAUAGUUGUCCAAAAACACAUUUAAGGUUCAAAAUUACAAUAAAUGAUACAAAAAUGAACUUACGGCAAACACCAACUAAAUUAAGGUUAAACCACAACAAUUUGUUAAUGGGAAUAAUAGCAGUUCAGCUAAAGUCACUAUGAAACCUGUUCCUCUCAGUGCUUCCUGAUGAAGGACUGGCCUUUCUCCCUGGCCGGGGAACUGAACUGAAAGAAGGUCUUGGCUCCAUCAGCCUCCAGGCAGGAGAAGAAUCGAUUGUCCACAUCAGGGCCCAUGGAGAGGAACUGAGGGCUUCUCUGGGGAGUUGCCUGUCGAGCCAGCCCUGGGUGACACACAGGAGGUUGACGGAUGUCCUUCAUUGUUGUCCUGACUAAAAUUCCCUUACAUAGACAAUUAGCUCAUUACUCCCACUGUUCUUUCUUGAUGACCUCUUCCUCCCGACAGAACACCUACGGCUGUGUCCUCCUUUGUGCCAGUUAACAUUAUUCUUGCUGAGCUUCCUUCCUCUUUCUCAUUAAUCAGUGUGGGCACAAGGUGACAACUGAUGUUAUAAAAGCAUUUAAUUCCCAGGAAGAGACUGAAAAACACUUAACCUUUGUCAUCUGUAUUAAAUGAAGUUUAUUUAUUUUCCUACCAAACAUACUGUUUUGGGCUGCAAGUAACAGUUAUUUUCAUGAUCAGUUCAUCUGUAACCUAAUUAAUAUGUUGUUAAGCAUAUAAAAUGUCCAAAAAAUUGUGGAAAAAGUCCAUUACAGCUUCCAAGAGCCUAAAGUGGCAUUUCUGCUUAAUGUUACUUAAUUACUAUGUGCACCUAAAUGUACUGUAAAUGAUCUCUCAUUGUGAAAUAUCUACUUACCUCCUGCACAAAGCAUCUAUCAUUUCAAGAGUGUACCUUUAAGUCAAAUUGUUGUUCUUACCAGUGCUGAAGUUGUUAUGUCCUGGUUGUGACAGUGUGUCUCUUUCCCCGACACCCACCACCAUGUUGCGCAGCCUCAGAGAGUCGUACAGCCCCUGUAGUUUCUGGUACUGCCUGUUCCUCUCCAUCAGCCUCUCGGACACCUCACUGUACUUCCUCUUAUACUCCUCCAUCACCUGACGGAAAUAAAGUUUUCUACAUUUUCA